AUGCCACCAAGCGCCAAAACCGAAAAAGACGACGAGUUCAGUCAGGGCGAAGGGUUUCCCGCCUACAACACCUCCCGUCGUCGACAGCCACCACCGAAGCUCAAGAAGCCUGUGCCCCACUACCGUCAUUUGAUCCGGUGGAAUAAGAACCAGAUCCCAGACUCGAUCGAAGAACAGCAACUGAACCAGGACCUCGCUAUUCUUCGUCAUGCCCUGGACCUGUUUCUGAACUCAAACAUGGCCGAGUGCGAGGCCAUUCUGGCUAAGGGUCCAAUCCCUGUCACGGAGCAUCGAGUGAACGGAGGUGGUCACACCAGCAAUGGGUCCACUUCAACAGCGACACAAAAGGCUGCAGAGGCAUUGAGCGGAUUGAAGCUUCAGGACGACAAGAAGGCAGAGGGCGAUGAUUUUUCGAGCGUUAAUUCAUCCUCGGUACCCUCCAUCAAGGACGCCAAGAGAUCGGACUCGUCGGCCUCAUCAACGACAGAUGGGAAGAAGGACAGCAAGGAUAAGGAGCCGAGGGCUAUGUAUUAUGACCUAGGAAAGGCCAUUAUUCAGGGACUGCGGGCCUUGGUGACAUUUGAUCCAAACGAGAUCGACCUGGGGAUGAAGGCGUUUGAGCAGGCGAUUAAGACUGCGAACAAGCAGCGCAAGGGCUCUAUGAUUGGAUUGGGAUCCGUCAAGGCCGUUGGAUCCUUUGUUGUUGGCACAAUCGGUGCGGGAUCGUUCAGGAGUAUGAACCGCGUACAGAAACAUGCUGAACUCAUCUAUGCCGAGGCAACGAUUCUGCGCUCGCUGCUCAGUGUCUUGUACCAUCUCGACGUGUGGAUGGUGGUCGAGGAGUGUAUCAACCUGCGCCAUGCCUUCACGAUCAUCCAGGGCCUCAAGUCCUUUAUGGACAGCGUCGAGUCUGAGCUCCGUGCCGGUAAAAAUAUUGAUCGUCACCAGAUUGAUGAGCACCUCGUCUCUGGAGUCACACUCUCGUACUCGCUCUAUAACAUUGUCAUCUCGUUCAUGCCCGAGGUCAUUGUCAAGAUGCUUCAGUUUAUUGGAUUCCCUUCGGACCGCGACUGGGGCAUGGCCAUGCUGGGUGCCUGUGGUGACUGGGAUCCGAUGGCCCCGCCAGAGACACCCGCGGAGCGUGCUGAACGCCUAGCGUCUUCUGCGAACGACGGCAUCCGGCGACAGUUCUGUGAUAUGAUCCCGGUCAUCUUCCAGGUCAUUAUCUCGUCGUUCAUCCCCAUGAACCACAUCGAUCUCAAUUAUGCGCAGACGAUCAACGACUACAACCUGGAGCUCUAUCCCGAGUCGCCCUUCUUCCUCUUCUUCAAGGGCCGUCAUCUCCAGGUGACUUCAAAACUCGAUGAGGCUGUGGCGACAUAUCACUCGGCCAAGGUGCAGCCGCAUUGGCAUAAUUUGACUCACAUCUUUGUCUUUGAGGAGAUGAUGUGUGCGAUGAUGCAGACAGACCAUGAUACGGCCUGUGAGAAGAGUCGUCAGCUCCUGAAGGAGAGCCGGUGGUCAAAGUGCGCCUUCCGGUACCUGACCGCGAUCACAGGGUACGAGCGCGGGAAACAAUCGGAAAAGAAGAAGAUCGACUCUCUGAUGGCGAAGGUCGAGGAUGGGAUGCAGAAGGUCGCGGGUAUGAACCUGUUCUUUGAGACGUUCUGUGCUCGCAAGUCCAAGCGCUACAUUAAGGAGGGACACCUGCUCUUGCCGAAUUACGACUUCAUGUUGUUGUGGAACACAUUCGAUAUGAUGCCGCCCAAGGUCCUCCAAGUAGCGCUGACCAACAUCUCGACGGAGGUCCGUCGUCUCCAGGCGAUGCUGCCCGAAAAGAUGAAGAGCCGUGAGGACCAGCCCUUGGCGGCCAAGGACCAAACGAUCGAGGCUUCAGCCGGUAGAUAUCUCUCGGGCAUGUUUUCGAACAAGAACCAGAUCCUCAAGGACAGCAACGUCGCGGAUUACGAGAAUUUUUACGACGAUUACUGUUUGGCCUUCUUCCUCCAGGGCCUGGUCGCCUACCAUAUCGCGUUCUUCCCCGAGGAGGCCUUUAAUCGUGAGAUGUGUGAGCUGGCGCUCGAGUCCUUCCAGACGGUGUUCCGGUACGCGCCCCUGAUCAAGGAUGAUACAUACACGUACUAUUUCUCGCACUACUACAAGGCCAAGGUCUGGAUUCAUCAGGGCCGUUUGGAUGAGGCACAGACACGGUUCAAAUAUCUGCUGGGCCUCUCGAAUACGAAUCUGUUGGGCUUGCCUGCGUUGGUCGGUGGUAAGGGUAGGAACAGUUUGGAGCUGUUUGUGUUGUUAAAGGUUCAUAGUGGGAUGUUGGAUAUCGAGACGGCUAGGGCUGCAGCUGCCGGUGGAGACGGCGGAUUGAAAGAGUCGGGCAUCUACGCAGGCAGCAUUCAGUCUGACAAGUAG